UACAAUCCGUUAUCUGGUGGUCACCAUCAGUGAGCUUACUUUCUACCUCAUGAAGAGCAAUGUCACUGAGAAUGACGUCUCUGUUGAAAUCCCAUACAACAAGGCAGGGGUACAAAUACAAAGAAACGCUGUUUACAUCAUAUUCCAGUCCAAAGUCGGCAUCCUUCUCGUGUGGAAUGGUGAUGAUGCAGUGAUGGUGGAACUUGAUCGUGACUAUGCCAAUCAUACUUGUGGACUUUGUGGAGACUUCAAUGGUGUUCCUGUCAACAAUGAGUUCAUUCAUGAAGGUCGUGAAAUCACCCCGAUUGAGUUUGGCAACAAACAGAAAGUCCAUCGUCCAAACGAUAAGUGUGAAGACCCCCCUGAGGAGGAAGAUGCUAAGACUCUGCCAAAAUCAUGCAAGAACUAUCAAAAAACCUGUGACAAGAUGCUGCAUUCAGAGUCCUGGAAAGCUUGCUCCAAAGUCAUUAACCCUGAACCGUACAUCCAAGCCUGUGCACGGGACAUGUGUGACUGCUUCAACAGUACAAGUGACUUCUGUAAAUGCAGCACAUUCUCUGAGUUCUCCCGACAGUGUUCUCAUGCAGGAGCGAACCCUCCCAACUGGAGAACAGCUAAUUUCUGUGAUAAAAAGUGCCCAUUCAACAUGAUUUAUCAAGAGAGUGAGUCCCCUUGUGUGGAUACAUGCUCACACCCAGACACAUGUUCACUGUCUGAGGACCACAAAAGAGACGGCUGCUUCUGUCCUCCUGGAACUGUGUUUGAUGAUAUUUCCCAGAGAGGAUGCAUUCCUAAAUCUAAGUGUCAGUGCAAACGCAACAGAGCCUAUAACGAUGGUGAGGUUUACCAAGAGUUUGGAAAAAAAUGUACAUGUUCGAAGGGUAACUGGGACUGUAAGAGCCUAAAUGCACCUGCUACAUGUGCAGUUGAAGAAGGUUCACAUGUCACUACCUUUGAUGGAAAACCCUACACCUUCCAUGGAGACUGUUACUACACCUUAGUAAAAAGCAAGAAUGCUUCAAGUUCAAAGUUUAAAAUCCUGGCUCAGCUGGCGCCAUGUAAAGACGAAAAGUUUGACACUUGCCUUAAGACCCUUAAAAUCGUGCUGAACAAUGACAAAAACAAUUUCUUAAUGUUCACUUCUGAUGGCACAGUAAAGCAGAAUAUGCAGACUGUCACUUUGCCAUACCAAUCAGGUGACAUCAACAUAUUCCACGCGUCAUCCUUUCACAUCAUGCUCCAGACCAGUUUUGGGUUACAAAUUCAGAUCCAGCAUGUGCCUCUCAUGCAGGUCUAUGUCACAUUGGAUCAGAGCUACAAAGCAAAGACACGUGGUUUAUGUGGGAACUACAACAUGAUCCAGAAAGAUGACAUGAUGUCUUCUCAGGAGAUAGUGGAGGGAACAGCAGAAACAUUUUGUAACUCCUGGACAGCUACUGCUACAUGCAAAGACAUAGAGAAAAGACCUGAUGACCCCUGUUCAGUCAGCGACGAAAAUGAGAGGUAUGCCAAACACUGGUGUGCCCUGCUACUAAGUCGGAAAAGCACGUUCACUAAGUGCCAUUCAGAGGUGGAUCCUGAGAUGUACCAUAAGCGAUGUAUGUAUGCGACCUGUACCUGUGCCAAGACUGAGGACUGCCUGUGUGCCGUCCUAUCCUCUUACGCACGAGCUUGUGCAUCAAAGGGAGUGAACCUGACAGGUUGGAGAGACAACGUCUGCAAUAAACAUGCAAAGACCUGCCCAAAAUCUCAAAUCUUCUCGUAUGAGCAUCAGAGAUGCCAGAUGACUUGUAAAUCGCUGGGCUCAAACCAGCAAAGCUGCAGUUCUGACUUCCUGCCUGUGGAUGGAUGCUCCUGCCGUGAGGGUUUCUACUUAAAUGAAAAGGGCAUCUGUGUCCUUGUGUCGAAAUGUCCCUGCUACCACAAUGAUGCCUACAUUCAGCCAGGAAAGUCCAUCAACAUCAAAGAUGAGCACUGUGUGUGCAUCAAUGGAAAGCUUCAUUGCCGCUCCUGGAGACCCCCCUCAUCAUCAACCUGUCCUUUUCCAAAAGUUUACUUCAACUGCUCCACUGCGGGUGUAAGAAAGUUUGGCAUGCAGUGUGCUCCAACUUGUUCAAAUCUGGACAGUGAUGAUUGUGACUCCACAGAGUGUGAAUCUCGCUGUCUGUGUCCAAGUGGCCUCCUGGAUGAUGGCAAAGGUUCCUGUGUGAAACAACAUGAUUGUCCAUGCAAGCAUAAUAAUGAACGUUAUGCCAAUGGAGCAAAAAUCCCAGACCAAUGCAACACCUGUACCUGCAAAAGUGGAAAGUGGGAGUGCACCAAAAACAAAUGUCCAGGAACUUGCACUAUUUAUGGGAGUGGCCACUACAAUACAUUUGAUCAGCGAACAUAUGGGUUUCAAGGAGAAUGUACCUACGUUGCUGUCAAGAACAAAUGUGGCAUUAAAACAGUUGAGGACAAUUUUGGAGUCAUCACAGAAAAUGUACCAUGUGGAACUACAGGAACAACAUGCUCCAAAAUAGUCAGAAUCCAACUGGGGCGAAGGGAAAUCAAACUAUCAAAGGGCAAAUAUGAAGAGGAGGACCUCGGGCAAGGCACUCAGAUUGAGUACAAAAUAAGGAGGGUUGGCUUGUAUCUGGUGAUUGAAUCUACCAUUGGUUUGGCAGUGAUAUGGGAUCGCAAAACAGCUGUUCGCAUUCUCCUGGAACCACAGCACAGCGGAAAGGUAUGUGGCCUGUGUGGAAAUUUUGAUGGUGAUGGACAGAAUGACUUCACCACCAAUGGUCAGCUGACAGUGAGCCCACCGUUGGUAUUUGCGAACAGCUGGAAAGUGUCAAGCAGCUGCGCGGAUGUAACUGAAAAUGUUGACUCUUGUGGAAAAAAAAUUCAUAGACAUCCCUGGGCAAAAAAAAUGUGCAGCAUUAUAAAUGGUGAAACUUUCAAAGAGUGCCACAAGAAGGUGGAUCCCAAUCCAUUUUAUGAAAACUGUGUGAAAGACUCUUGUGCCUGCGACACUGGAGGGGACUGUGAAUGUUUCUGCACAGCGGUUGCAGCUUAUGCUCAAGCUUGUAGUGACGUUGAUGUCUGCAUUAAAUGGAGAACUCCAGAUAUCUGUCCUGUCUUUUGUGAUUACUACAAUAACCCAGGCGACUGCAAGUGGCACUACCAUGCUUGCAACACAUCAUUUUACAAGACCUGUUCAAAUCCACAAGGAAACAACCCGCUACGCCACAUGGAAGGCUGUUACCCUGAAUGUCCGAAAAACAAGCCCAUAUUUGAUGAGGAGUCCAAGAUGUGUGUGGAGAAUUGUUAUACUACAACCACAACAACACCAACUGUAUCUACGACUACAACCACAACGCCAACCACAACCACAGAGUCUACAACAACACCAACCGUAUCUACGACUACAACCACAAUAUCUACAACAACUCCUACAACACCAACUGAAUCUACGACUACAACCACAACGGCAACUACAACAACUCCUACAACACCAACUGAAUCUACGACUUUAACCACAGUAUCUACAACAACUCCUACAACCACUACACCAACCACAACCACAGUAUCUACACCAACUCCUACAACACCAACUGUAUCUACGACUACAACCACAACGCCGACCACAACCACAGAAUCUACAACAACACCAACCGUAUCUACGACUACAACCACAGUAUCUACAACAACUCCAACACCAACACCAACUGAAUCUACAACUACAACCACAGUAUCUACAACAACUGCUACAACCACUACACCAACCACAACCACACCAUGUGUAUAUACUAAAGUGGUUGUCGGUUGUCAGUGGUCAGAGUGGUACGAUGUGCCUGAACCAGGAAAGGACAAAAGUAACACUGAAACUUAUGGGAACAUUAUAUACAGUGGUAAAGAAAUAUGCAAAAAUCCCCACGAAAUUCAAAAAAUUGAAUGUAGAUCCAAAUUUUAUCCUGAAAAGAAUUUCGAUGUUUAUUUAAAAGAAUUUAACCAAGUUGUUACUUGUGACAACAAUGGUUUCAUAUGUAGAAAAAAUGAUCAGCCAAGAAAUCCAGGAAAGUGCAGAAAGAAAGAGUAUCAGAUCAGAGUAUAUUGUUGUAUCAAGGAACCAAUGUAUGUUGAUUUAUGUUCUACUACAACCACAGUAUCUACAACAACUCCUACAACAACUACACCAACCACAACCACAGUAUCUACAACAACUCCUACAACACCAACUGUAUCUACGACUACAACCACAACGCCAACCACAACCACAGAGUCUACAACAACACCAACUGUAUCAACGACUACAACCACAGUAUCUACAACAACUCCUACAACACCAACUGUAUCUACGACUAAAACCACAGUAUCUACAACAACUCCUACAACACCAACUGUAUCUACGACUACAACCACAGUAUCUACAACAACUCCUACAACAACUACACCAACCACAACCACAGUAUCUACAACAACUCCUACAACACCAACUGUAUCUACGACUACAACCACAACGCCAACCACAACCACAGAGUCUACAACAACACCAACUGUAUCUACGACUACAACCACAGUAUCUACAACAACUCCUACAACACCAACUGUAUCUACGACUACAACCACAGUAUCUACAACAACUCCUACAACAACUACACCAACCACAACCACAGUAUCUACAACAACUCCUACAACACCAACUGUAUCUACGACUACAACCACAGUAUCUACAACAACUCCAACAACAACUACACCAACCACAACCACAGUAUCUACAACAACUCCUACAACACCAACUGUAUCUACGACUACAACCACAACGCCAACCACAACAACAGAGUCUACAACAACACCAACUGUACCUACUAAUACUACCACAACCCAAGAGUCUACAACAACACCAACUGUACCUACUAAUACUACCACAACCCCAGAGUCUACAACAACACCACCUCCACCUAUUUGCCCUGGUUGGAAUGUAACACAAAAUGAGACCUUCUUUAUGUGUAACUGCACCGUGGCCAGAUGCGUUGAGAACAAUACAAUUGAAAUAGUCCCAUAUGAAUGUCCACCGCUUGAAAACAUCACCUGUGCAAAUGGAAAGAAACCAGUCCUUGCUUAUGAUGAGUACCACUGCUGCCAACAAUACCACUGUGACUGUGUAUGUGAAGGCUGGGGAGAUCCUCAUUACAUUACAUUUGAUGGACUCUACUACAGUUAUCAAGGAAACUGUACCUAUGUCUUGAUGGAAGAGAUUCAGCCAAAAUAUAACUUGAACAUUCACAUUGACAAUGUCUUUUGUGAUCCAGAUGAACAUGUUUCCUGCCCUCAAUCUAUAAUUAUUAUAUAUGGAACACAGGUUUUUAAACUGAAGAAUCAUAACGUCAUCGGAAGAGUAAAUUUAGAGGCAUUGAAAGAUGACGUACGUUUAAAAUUACCUUAUUCACAUAGAGGUGUUAAGGUCAUGAAUACUGGCCUUACCAUGGUGCUCGAGAUCCCAGAUCGGGAAGUGGUCAUUACAUUUGGAAUAAAUGGCUUUAGUAUCACUCUUCCAUAUCAACACUUUGGCAGAAACACACAGGGCCACUGUGGAACAUGCAACAACAACCAGAAUGAUGACUGCAUGUUGCCAAAAGGCAAACUGGUGGAAAGUUGUGCUGUAAUGGCUGACUAUUGGCCUGCAAAAGACCACCCCGACUGCACAAUUCCCACAAAACCCACCAUUAAACCUGAACCUGAACCAAUCCCAAGUCCAUGCAAGCAAGACACCAUAUGUAAUCUGCUUAAGAGCAGUGUCUUUGCAAAGUGCCAUCCCUUUGUCUCUCCUGAAAAUUUUUACCAAGGUUGUAUUUAUGAUAGCUGCCGUGUUUUCAACCGAUCAAUAGAGUGCACAAGUUUGCAGGCUUAUGCUGCUGCCUGUGCUCAGGAAGGGGUCUGCCUUCACUGGAGGAACUACACAGAACUGUGUUCUAGUGACUGCCCAUCAGACAAAGUUUACAAGCCAUGUGGCCUUGCAGAACAGCCAACCUGUGAAGACAUUCCUGAGGAACUCACUAUGAACUUCACUACUGAGGGCUGCUUUUGUCCUGAAGGAAAGAAACUCUUCAACAGAGAGUCUGGCAUAUGUGUUGAGAAGUGUGGAUGUCUUGAUCCUGAGGGCAUUCCUCGUGAGUUUAAUGAGACAUUUAACUACAACUGCCAAAGCUGCACCUGCGAAGAGUCCACCAAGACUAUUUCAUGCAAGCCUAAGAUGUGCCUAGCACAAACUCUAGAAAAGUGCAGUGAUCCCGGGUAUGUCCUCAUCAACCAAACUAAUCCAUUGGAUCCCUGCUGUCCUACCUCUGUUUGCCAAUGUCAGAGUGACACUUGUAAGAUCAACGACGUAAACGUAAAUUGCUCAGUUGGAAAGAUUCUUCGUGUUCAUGCGGGAAAAUGCUGUCUAGAAUAUACAUGUGAGCCUAAAAGUGUUUGUGUCUACAAUGACAUUGAAUACCAGUCUGGUUCUUCAGUUCCUGGGAAAAAAUGUCAGAAUUGCACCUGUACAAGUGCAGUGAAUCCCAAAUCAAAACUAUUGGAAGUACAAUGUAAGCCUCAGCAAUGUGAAAAAACUUGUAAAAGGGGGUAUGAUUAUGUGGAAACUAAAUCAGAUGAAUGCUGCGGUAAAUGUGUACAGACACACUGCAUCCUCAUUGUUAAUAGUACCAUGCAGCUCUUGAAGCAAGGAGAAACCUGGACAUCACCUGAGGAUAAGUGUCAACGUUACAGUUGCGAUAAGAGCGGUGAGACUUUGACAACAACCAGUUCAUACACUGUCUGCCCACCAUUCCAGCAGAGCAACUGUCAACCUGACACAAUUCAGACUGCAGUGAAUGGCUGUUGUACAAUUUGUAUGGAGAAGGAGAGGGCCUGCAAGUUAGUGCCCAUGAAAACCCGUAUUACGAUCGGCAGCUGUCAGUCAAAGGAGGAGGUAGACAUGCCAUAUUGUGAAGGAUCCUGCAACACUUUCGCCAAGUACUCUGAAGCAGCAGCUGCUAUGCAGCAUUCCUGCUCCUGCUGUAAGGAGAUGCGCUUCAGCAAUCGCACUGUUGAAUUGCAGUGUUCGGAUGGGAAGGGGGUUCCCUACGCAUACAUGCAUGUGGAGGAGUGUGGCUGUCACCACACAGAUUGCACUAAAAGUGCUGGACAACAUGUUCGCAGGAGGCGGAGCUUCACACUUCUGUAAUCAGAUAUAUGUCAUUGCAUUAAUGGAUGCAUUAAUUUUUCUUUUCAUACAGUCUUAACAAUCAACAAAUCAACAAUCUCUUACAAAGUAAUCACCACUGUAGAGAGUAUAAUUUCAAAUAAAAAUA